AUGUUUGCAGCUGGAUUGGAGAGCAACGACGACGACAGCGUCAAGAAUCCAGCAUGGCUCAUAGACUCUGGUGCGACACAGCACAUGUCAUUCUCAAAGCGGUUAAUGACAAACUACAAGACCAUCGAUCCAGUUAACGUUCAUCUCACAGACGACGGGGUCGUGCAGGCGAUUGGGACCGGCAACGUAGUGAUGAUGAUGAAGACACCAAGUGGUGUCAAGAAGGGUGUGCUUACGAAUGUGUGGCACAUUCCAAAGCUUUCACGCAAUCUGUUCUCAGUCGGCCUAUUCACCAAGGAUGUCGCGACAGUGACGUUUGAUACGAGCACCUGUUAUGCAAAUUUCAAGAAUUAG